AUGAUGACCAAUCAUUGGAACGAUGCUUACCUGAUGACAGUAAUUCUAGGCUCUGUGAGUUUAGUCCUGACCUUAGCCACCCUGAUACUUUAUAGUUGAGGUCAGCGCAACUCUAGGACCGGUGGAGGUAAGAAUCCCUACGUGAUGCUUACACUUGGAUUAUUACUACUAAAAGUUAUAAUUUGUAUCCACCUCAUUGUUUCUAUUUCAAAUAUUGAAGAGAAUUCUCUUCUAUGCCAGUUGGAAGGGAUGUCAAUGAUUUUCGUAAAAUUCACUGCAUCUGCGUAUUACUUCAGCCUUGCCCAUCUAGUCUUGAAGGCAUCCGUCAUGUUCAAUCCUGGAGAAAUGAAGAGUAAGAAUUAUCAUAUUUAUUCCAUAAUUUUCGGGCUUUCUGUUGCGGUGAUUGCUCUUAUUCUCGACGAUAUUGGUAUUACGAUCUUUAACUCCUGUGGAACCGCCAGGGGAUCUCUACAUGAGAUUUCUUACGGGAUCAUGAUAUUUAUCAUAUGGCCUUACAUCUUGUUCUCAGCGAUUGUGUUGAUUCUCAAGUGGAGGAAGGAGAAGCUGAUGGACUCCCAGAAGAACCUGUACCUUAUACAUAUUCUUGGUGUUUGCACGUAUACUAUAUCUAUUCUUCCUAUUGUAAUUGUCCACUAUUUGUCCUUUGCCAUUCCUUAUUUAUCAGGCUUUACUAGCGGUGGAGUCUCAAAUGUGUUCAGACUAAUCUCACUAGCUUUGUUCUGCCUCUCUGGAGCAAUAUUUAGUAUUUUCAGGCUAAUGUUCUGUUUUUCUCUCAGAUCAAUCUUAAAGAACAUGAAGCAAAGAAAAUGGAAAUGAGAUGAUAAGUAUGACUAUUUCCUUAAAGACCAUAAUAAUCCUGAGGGUUUGCCUUCUGAAUCUCCAAAUACUCUAAACUCAGACUCAAAGACACUAACUGAGAGCCCAAAGAAGGUAACUAGCAUGAAAUCAGGUGUGAAUAAGCUAGAUAACUCGUUCAUUAACCUCACCAGCAGGGAAACUUUUAAUAAUCUAAUCGGGACUUACAGUGCGAUCACUCUAAUUUUAAAGAACAUUUAUGAAAAAUAUUAUGUAGAUUCUUCAUUUGCAGAAAUGGUGGACGGGCUCUCUAACCAAAGCUACAGCUACCCUUCCUGAGCGAUGGAUAAAGUCAGACAAUAUUUCAAAUUAUCUGAGCUGCCAGAUAACAUUAGGGGUGAUUUUAACAAUUUUCUUGAAACAGAGAAUCCAUUAGCGGAUCUUGAGUGAGAAAUCACAGAAUAUGCUUCUGCUUUAUUCCAAAACAUUCGAACUAUCAAUUCUUUGUCACGGGAAUCUCUGUAUGGAUCCCUAAAUCCUAGAGCCAACAAGAAGAUCUUGCUUAAAAGUUUUGAAAAGACUAGUGCAAAAGGAGGCAAGCCCUUAAUCAAAACUCAUGAUAAGAGAUUCUUAAUCAAGGAGAUCUCUGAAGAAGAGCGUGAUUUCUUCCUCUCCUUAGUGAAAGAGUACCAUAGCCAUCUAAACAAUAACCCUAGGAGCUUGCUUGCCAAGAUUUAUGGGUGCUUCUCUAUCAGAGUGAACAAUAAAAACAAGGUCUAUCAUAUUUUAAUGGAGAAUUUGGAUCCUCUGGAUGACGAACAUAUACUAUUCAAAUAUGACAUGAAAUUUUCAACAGUGAAUAGGAAAGAAAUUAACUCAAAUAACACCAUUCGAGCAAUCAAGAACACCUUCCUGAAGCAGCUUCCUUGGGCAAAGGAACUUUUUGAUUUCCCAGAAGAAGGAUUAGAGGAAGGAAAAUCCAACACACGAACCUCUGGAGGUUAUAAAACAGCCCUGAAGAAGAACGAGCUCAAGCCCAUAGAUGAGAGGAGUUCUGAAGAUGAAGCCCCAGAACCCAAAGAGGAGAGCAAGCAAGAUCCUGAUGCUGAAGAAAGCGAAACAUUUUUCGAUAUGAAGAAGGUCCUUCAAGACAAUUCUGGAACCAAGAAAACAUUCAGAAAGGAAGGACGUACUUGCUCUGAAGUUGCUGAUCCUAUUAAUACUCGUUUUUCUUCUCAGACAAGGAAGAAUAAAAUGAAGAAAGGUAUGUCAAGAGUUUACUCAAGAGUGUCUUACUCAAGUCUUCAUUACGAAGAGGAAGAGACAGUUGAUCCUUCCACUCUCAAAAAGCUUGGACUUCUCAAGGAUGAGGACUUUACAAGACUUCACAAAGCUCUCUUUGUCAACAUGGAUUGCAAAAUGGAAGUAGAAAUGCUGAAUAGUUCUCUCGGAAAAGAUGUGAAAUUCCUAACAGAUCUAAAUAUUAUGGAUUAUUCCUUAUUUGUAGUAAUCCUACAGGCUCCUAACGUAGAUCCAAUUCUUAGAGGAAGCAAUAACACAACAAAUGAUUCUGACUCUGAAGAGGAAGUUCGGUCACUUAAAAAUAAUUCAGAGCUGACAAAGGCUAUUUCCUCUUUGGCAGCUUCAAACAAAUAUGUCCUUUAUUCUAGAAAGAGAAACUUCAUUUACUUGGUUGGACUGAUAGAUUACCUGCAGAAGUAUAUCAGAAAGAAGAAAUUAGAGAGGCUAGGAAAACAAAUUGUAGCCUUCAACAACCUUAAUGAAGGAGAUAAUGAUUUCUCUUGUCAACCACCUGAGCAAUACUCCGUCCGAUUCAUGGAGAAGGGUACCCAAGUGUUUAUUGUCUCUGACGAUCAUGAAUCCUCCGAAGAGGAGGACCAAGGAGACAUUAUCCAGAACUGAAGGAGACGUCUUGUUUAAAAUUUUGAUGGUGAUA